GCUCAUCUUUAUCAGAAGGGUCCUGCCUUCAUUCUCCGCUCUUUUCCUGCAGCUCCGCUUGUAGUCAAAACCUUUCUUCACCUUUUCCUUUCUCCCUCUGAACAAAGUCAUCAUGAGUCGUAUAUCCUAUCGAGCAUCCACUGGAGGAGGAAGCAGAGGCUUCACCUCUGGUUCUGCGAUUGUUGGCGGUGGCGGUGGUGGUGGGAGAUCAAGUUUCAGCUCCUACUCUGUGUCUCGGGUUGGAGGAGGAAGAGCUGGAGGUGGUGGUGGUGGCUAUGGGCUCGGCGGUGGAUUUGGUAGCCGAAGUCUCUACAACUUGGGUGGAAACAAGCGGGUCUCCUAUAGUAGCAUUGGUGGAGGCUACCGAUCUGGCUUUGGUGGUGGUGGAGGAUUUGGUGCUGGUGGUGGAGGAUAUGGUGCUGGUGGUGGAGCAGGAGGUUUUGGGUUUGGUGUUGGCCUUGGUGGUGGCGGUGGUGGUGGAGGCUUGGGUUUUGGUGGGCCUGGGUAUGGAGGACCUGGUGCUGGCUUUGUGGUAGGUGGUCCAGGUUUUGGUGGAAGAGGUGGACCUGGAUUUCCAGUUUGCCCACCCGGUGGGAUACAGGAGGUGACCAUCAAUCAGCACCUCCUACAACCCCUGAAACUUGAAAUUGACCCAGAAAUCCAAAGAGUGCGCACAAACGAAAGGGAACAGAUCAAGACUCUCAACAACAAAUUUGCCUCCUUUAUUGACAAGGUCCGGUUCUUGGAACAGCAAAACAAAGUCCUUGAAACCAAAUGGGAUCUUUUGCAACAGCAAGGGACAACUACCCGACAAUGCAACAUUGAUCCCCUUUUUGAUAUGUACAUCACAAACCUGAAGAGGCAGCUCGAUUCUCUGACAAAUGAACGGGGAAGGCUGGAUUCAGAAUUGAGGAAUAUGCAAGAUAUGGUUGAAGACUAUAAGAACAAAUAUGAAGAUGAAAUCAACAAGCGUACAGGUUCAGAAAAUGAAUUUGUGGUGCUUAAGAAGGAUGUUGAUGGUGCCUAUAUGAACAAGAUUGAACUGGCUAGCAAACAGGAGUCCCUGAAUGAUGAAUGCGAGUUCCUGAAAGCACUGUAUGAUGCGGAACUAUCACAGAUGCAGCAGCAUGUAUCUGACACCUCUGUUGUGUUGUCUAUGGACAACAAUAGAUGCCUGGACUUGAACAGCAUCAUUGCAGAAGUCAAGGCACAAUAUGAAGACAUUGCCCAGAAGAGCCGAACCGAGGCUGAAUCAUGGUAUCAAACCAAGUAUGAAGAGCUGCAGGUCUCCGCUGGGCGUCAUGGUGAUGACCUGCGCAACACAAAGACAGAAAUUGCUGAGCUCAACCGGGUGAUCCAGAGGUUGCGUAGUGAAAUAGAUUCCUUGAAGAAACAGUGUGCCAAUCUUCAGGCAGCCAUUGCUGAGGCUGAGGAUCGUGGGGAGAUGGCCCUCAAGGAUGCCAAGCACAAACUGAGCGAACUGGAGGAAGCCCUGCAGAGAACAAAGCAGGACCUCGCUCGGCAACUCAAGGAAUACCAGGAGCUGAUGAACGUCAAAUUGGCCCUGGAUAUUGAAAUUGCCACCUACAGGAAGCUGCUGGAAGGAGAGGAAAUCAGGCUGGCAGAAGGUGUUGGAAAUGUGGGCUAUACUGUGGUCAGCAGUAGCAGUAGCACUGGCUAUGGAGGAAGUGGUUUUGCUCUGGGAGGCGGCGGCGGCGGACACGGUUUAGCCUUAGGUGGAGGAGGAUCCGGAUUUGGAGGAGGCUCUGGAGGAGGAUCCGGAGGAGGAUUUGGACUCGGAGGCGGUGGCAGCAGCUACUCCAUUGGUGGUGGCAGUGGCUUUGGUGGUGGGAGUGGGUUUAGCUCUGGGGUCAGUCUGGGAGGUGGUAGUGGUUACAGUUCUGGAGGAGGGCGCGUCUCAAGUGGUGGUGGAGGAGGAGGAAGCUCUAGUGUGAAAAUUGUAUCUAAGACCACUUCAACUAAGAAAAUGGCCUAUUAUACAAUCUCUUACACAGCAUCCACUCACUGUAUGCUCAAGAGCAAGAUGAAAUUGGAAGGGGCUGCUGAGAGUAUGCUCACAGGUCCAUGGCGCAUUGAAGAGCCCCAAAGUGUUAGAGAAGACAACUGCACCAGCCCCUGUGUGUACUCAUUCUCUCGCUUCCUCUGUCUUCUUUGUCUCCCUUUGCUUCAUUCCAACUGGGCUACAAUGUCUCACCAAGCCACUGUCAAGAUCCAAAGGAAAGGCUUCAGCAAUUCCUCUGCCAUCCUGCCUAGCACUAGCCGCACCAGCUUCAGUUCACGCACCGUGUCCAGGGGUGGAAGCUGUGGUGCCGGUGGUGCCGGUUUUGCUAGAGUUGGUGGUGGUGGUGGCUUUGGCAGCCGAAGCCUCUACAAUUUUGGUGGAUCUAAGAGGAUCUCAGGUUUUGGGGGAGCUUCUGGUGCUGGUUUAUGUGCCAGCAUUGGUGGUGGCUAUGGGCUUGGAGGCAGUGGCUAUGGGCUUGGUGGAGGCAUUGGUAGUGGCUUUGGGGUAGUUGGAACAGGUUUUGGUGGAGGAAUUGGUGGCCCUGGCUUCGCUGUUUGCCCACCUGGUGGAAUCCAAGAAGUGACCAUCAAUCAGCACCUGCUGACACCUCUCAAUCUGGAGAUCGACCCCGCAGUACAGAGAGUCCGUAAAGAAGAGAGAGAGCAAAUGAAGACACUCAAUAACAAAUUUGCUUCUUUCAUUGAUAAGGUACGUUUCCUUGAACAGCAGAACAAGGUAUUGCAAACUAAAUGGACCUUGCUUCAGGAACAAGGCCAGAAAACAAUUAAAAACAACUUGGAACCUCUUUUUGAAGUUUAUAUCAACAAUUUGAGGAAACAGCUGAAUUGCCUGGAAAAUGAUAGAGGCAGACUCCUUGGAGAACUGAAUAACAUCCAAAACCUUGUGGAGGACUACAAGAACAAAUAUGAAGAUGAGAUCAACAAGCGAGCAUCUGCAGAGAAUGAUUUUGUCACACUGAAGAAGGAUGUGGAUGCUGCCUACAUGAACAAAGUAGAGUUACAAGGCAAGGCUGACUGUUUGAAUGAUGAAAUCAACUUCCUCAGAACCGUGUAUGAAGCAGAGCUUGCCCAGAUGCAAACACAAAUCUCUGACACUUCUGUGAUUCUCUCAAUGGACAACAGCCGAAAUCUGGAUAUGGAUAGCAUCAUUGCUGAAGUAAAAGCCCAAUAUGAAGAAAUUGCAAACAAGAGCAGGGCUGAAGCUGAAACUUUGUAUCAAUGCAAGUAUGAAGAACUCCAGGCUACUGCUGGAAGACAUGGUGAUGACCUUCGCAACACCAAGCAGGAGAUUUCAGAAAUAAAUCGACACAUCCAAAGACUGCGAGCUGAAAUUGACAAUGUGAAAAAGCAGUGUGCCAAUCUGCAGACAGCCAUUGCUGAAGCAGAAGAACGUGGCGAGCUUGCUCUCAAAGAUGCAAGGCAGAAAUUGGCUGAACUUGAGGAUGCUCUCCAGAAAGCCAAACAAGAUAUGGCUCGCCAGCUGAAGGAGUAUCAGGACCUGAUGAAUGUCAAGCUGGCUCUAGAUCUUGAGAUUGCCACCUACAGGAAGCUGCUGGAAGGAGAAGAAUGCCGGCUGGCUAGUGAUGCAUCAGGAGCUGUGAAUAUCUCUGUUGUGUCUUCAACUGUUUCGCGUGGAGGUGCUGUUGGCAGUGGCCUUUGCUAUGGAGGUGGAAGCAGCCUCAGCCUGGGAGGAGGCAGUGGUUUUGGAGUAGGAGGAGGCCUGGGAAUUGGCAGCGGGCAUUGCAUUGGAGGAGGCAGCUUCAGUUCUGCGAGUGGAAGAGGGAUUGGAGGAGGAGGCAGCUACAGUUCUGCGAGCGGAAGAGGAAUCGGCGGAGGAGGCAUGAGUCUGGGAGGUGGCAGCUCCUCUAGUGUGAAAUAUGUCUCCACUUCUCAGUCAAGUUACAGAAGCUAAACCUAAAAAUCAGGCAGCCUUCUAAACAUGGAAACGGAACACAAACCACCCCUGACUUGGACUUUUGUCUACAUAGUGCACACAACUUUGGAAAUCCAGUUUGUUUGCUCUCACUUGGCAACAUGCAAUACUCUGCUUUUCAAAUGAUCCCACCAUACUGUAGUGAGUUCUGCCUUUGGCUCAUUUAGUUCACAUCUGUCAUUGUUCUUUCCCCUCCUUGCUGGCUAUCAAGGUUGAGUGCUAAAUUUUCAGAUUUUGUAUAAAUUAGAUGUCUAUUUGUUGCGCUUUGGGUUGUUUGUUAUUG